GUACAUAUUAAAUUGCUCUCUUCCAUGACAUUUUUUAAUAAAAUAAUGACUUUCAUUGAUAAAUAAUUAAUUUGAACUACAUGUAUAAAUGAAUGUAGAUGAUUUCAAACCAGCAUCAGUUGAUACGUCACAAGCAGGAAGUCUUGAUGUUGGCAAAGGAGGUGAAGUAAACGUCUCACUCCCUAAUACACAGGUACUAUGUUUUCACUCUUUCAAUUUACUCUUAUUCCACCCUGUUUGUGGUAACUCUGUACUAGGGAAUUACUUGGACAAGAAAAAACCCCAGUAAACUUGGGUAUACACUAGCAAUUAAUGCACCAAAAACACUUUGAUGUUUCGAGCAUGGCCAGUUUUUGAAGGGAGAUUGGUUGCACCUACCCUAACAAUUUUGUCACUUUUCACUUCUAUUAAUUUUGUAACCAUCAUCAUACAAUCAAAAUUCAUAAAAUAUUAGGACACUUAUAUACAUUAUUAUCUACAGUACAUUACAUGCUCCUCAAAUUUUUAGUAAUACGGUUGUGGCACAUACCGGUACAGUAUUUGAGGGCACCGGUACUUUUUAUGUCAUAACAAGAAAUAUUAGCAACAAAAUAUACUAUAGACUGAAACACUGAAAUGCAGGAGAAAAAGUACCCUGAGCUUGUUAAAAAUUGCAUCUUCGUACACUGUUUGCCUUCUGCAGUUGGGCGUCGCCAAGAAUUUUUCAGACAGUGCUUCAAUUAAAUGUGUUAUGUUUGACUUAUGAAUAGUUACAGCGUUUAUGGCUCUGGCACACAACAUGCAUAAUUUUGCCCUCAGAUGCAGUGCUCAAUCAGGGACAGCGCUUGAAAAUGUCAAAGUGUUUUUAAUAUAUAAAGUUUCAUUUUCCACCUGAUACUGGAACCCCAAGGGUUUCAAUAUAUUUGAAUGAAUUCUGAUCAAUUGCCAUGAAUCUGGAAAAAUUCUUAAAAAUACCUUUCUACCUAGUUUCCUGUUCUGGUUAAUUACCUGGGCUGUGUUACUAUAUAAAACUUCCCAAUCAUAUGAUUGUGUUUGAUAGGACUCAGGCACGACUGUGUACAGAGGAUCUAAGAAACCUUGUCCAAAAGAAUGUGUUCUGGUUGUUGACAGAGGGAAGAGAGUAAGGAGAGACUUGUGUAUUGUUGAAAGUGAAUUGUUCAUUUUUUAACUAAUAUAUAAUUAUACUGUAUAAUUAUACACGUUUUGGUAAAUCAUGAAUCUUACUUUUUAGACUAUAACAUUAGAACGGCUGGCUAGCACGGUCCAGCUAAAGAAAAUAAGGUAUAUAUUUGGUUAACUAUUACUACUUCAGUAUUGAGAAUCAUUAAUUGAGUAUGGUAAACUCUGGGAAAGGUGUACCUGAACACUUUUAUGUUUUAAAACACAUAAAGUUUACAGUAGAUAACUACAUGUACUGUACUUGAAAGCAUUAAGUCUGUAUUGCUAAAUGAUUUCAUACACUGCUUGUCAUGAGAGUAUAUACAGUAGCCUAUUUUCAUAGUGACACUGCAGAGAACAACAAACAAAUUUUAUCUCGAGCGGGGAUUGGAACUUGCAUCUUUGGGUACUGUAUCUCAUAGUUAAUAGAAUAGAUGGUUUGGAAACUCAUUAGAAUAACAGUAUAACUCAUUAUCUAUGUUAGUCAACGUUUAUUCAUAAACAUGGUCGUUCACCGUCACAUGUGUAUUGUGUUCUUGCCAAAUCCACCAAUAGCAAUUUUCGAUUUACCCUAUUGUUCGAGUCACGGAUAGGUAACUUUCCUAAGACAUUGCUAUUGGUUAGUUGGGCAAAAUUACAAUACACACGUGACGGUGAACGACCAGAUUUAUGAAUAAACGUUGACUAAUGAGCUAUAUUGUUAUUCUAAUGAGUUUCCAAACCAUCUAUUCUAUUAACAGACCGCCGUUCUACCCAAUGAGCUAUCGAGUCAACGGGGAUUGGUAGUGACUAGUGAGUCUUGUCCAAUUGAAGUGCACGAAAUAUUUUCGGGAAGACUUGACGCUUGUCUUGAAGGACAAACGUUAAACCCGAAUCCUUCGUAACAACAAAUGUUUCUCUGCAGUGUCCGAAUAAUAUGAAAUUAGUUUUUGAUAUCUCUGAAAUAGAAUUGAAACACUGCGCAUCGUCCAAGACGUUAAAUCGUCGUUAUUUCGUGCACUAAAAUUGGAAAGGAUUCGCUACCAAUCCCUGUUGCCUCGAUAGCUCAAUGGUCAGAGUGCUGCCUUGUUAAAUCAUCGUUGUGAUGGAGAACUGCUAGCCUGGAUCGCAAGAUACUUUCGGGCAAGCUGACAGAGCAAUGGAAAAUCAACUCCGUUUCUCUACCACCACUUCAGCGGAUUUUCAUCUCCGUCAAUUACGGGGUACGUCUGGUACCGUUUGAUUUCUUUUGACAAACGAUCACGAGCGGAAGUACCACGACCGCGCAGACAUUAGCCUUUUUAACUUGGGGUUUUUUUCGGUUCUUCGUCUUUUUCCGGUUUUUCGUUGCUUGGACUUUGGCAAAACCGGUUUUUCAAAAAAGCCGGUGUUUUCCGGAAAACUGAAAAGCCGCCCCAGCCUAGAGUAGAGCGGUGGUUUACAAACCCAAAGAUGUGAGUUCGAAUCCCGCUCGAGACAACGAAUUUUUCGUUGUACACUACAGUAUCAGAAUGAUAUGAAAUUAGUCUCUGAGGAUGGUUCUGAAAAAACCUACUUGCUAUGAAUAUCUUGUAGGUCAGCCUCUGGCAGUAAAGUUUCAUCAAGUCAGGGAUCUCAACAAAGCGAAACAUCACACUCCCAAGAAGAUCCAAAGGUAACCAUUCAAAUAGAUUUCGUCUCAUUAUUUUGUAAGCGAACGUGAAACAUCUUUACAAAUAGUAUUCUUCCAGGCGGCCUUCAAUAUAUAUAUAAUACUUUCAGAUUUAGUAUAUACUGUAGUCUUUCAGAUUUCAUAUAUAAUACUUUCAGAUUUAGUAUAUAGUCUUUAUUUACUAUUUUAUCUAUUUACAAUUAAAAUGGCAAAGUAAAUUUAUAUUUACAAGUUUUACAAUGUCUUCCAGGUGUACUAGUUUAAAAAGAGAUGUUUUUAAAUUGUGUCAGUGAGAAUCAGUGAGUUGUUUUGGAUAUCGUUUAUUAUAAAUGGUUUGGGAUAUAAAUAUAUAAGAUAUCUUCGAUUUCCCAAACUCAGUAGUAACUUUGGGAACUUUCAGAUCAGUAGUUCAUGAUCUUGUUGGGACAUUAUGUGUAAAUUUGCAGGGACCUUAUUGAUUCUCUAUCAAAUCAAUAUGGAAAAUACCAUACUGAUUUUCUUCAUUUUGAUCAAAUUAUGUAAGGAGAUCCAGUUGAGUUUUUGAAAUAGGUCAGACGAUGAGCACUCAGUUCCUGCAUCAAAUAUUAGGCGAACUCUUUUGUAAUUUCAAUUGUCACACACAGUGUUUCCACUCCUUCAAAUCACCAUUAAGGAACUCUUCUUUGAAACAAGGAUGGAAAACCAAAACCAGCAUACCAGAACUAUUGGUUAAAUAUUCCCGGUAUUAGUAUACCGAAAAUUUCUCAUACCAAACAUCCCUACACUAAAAUGGUAUAAGACAAAAACGCUAGACAGGAUAAAUUAUAAUAACUAUUACAGCAAAGGAAUGUACAUUGCUCCAUAAGAGUGUACUCUCGUUUAAUUGUUAAAAAGAAAGAACAGACUGAGUAACAAUAUCUUGCAUGUUAGACAGAGUAAAGUGUACAUCAUUGCGUCAUGUCAUUUAUUCAGGCCUCGGCAAAACCUGUUGAGUCAAAUGUUAAUGCCGAGUCAGGAGGAUCCAGCAAUAGUUCCAGUUCAGAAUCAGACUCAGAUCUCGAAGAUGAGGAAGUGGCUAGAUUGAACGCAUCAUUGAUUGAGCAGACAACUGAACAAAACAAAGCACUCGAUGCUAGACCUGAAUCUUCUUCAUCAUUUAAUUUAUGUAAGUAUGAAUUUAUUCUAAAUUCACUGUUUCCAAGUUUCCAGAGCUUUAUACAGUGAAACCUAGUCUACUACUGUAACU